GAAAGACAAACAACAAAGAAGCUUUAGAUACUUUUAAAGCCUUUUUUGAAACAUCUACAUCCUGCUGGGGCCAAAAUGACGUUAGAGAGUAAUGUUCUUCUCUCAGUUGACAUUAUUACCUUCCUCAUCGGCCUACCUCUCAACGUCCUGGCUCUCUACGCCUUCAGAGUGAAGAUCCGCUCCAAGCCUCUCCCUGGUGACAUCCUGCUCCUCAACCUGACCAUCUCUGACCUUCUCUUCCUGAUCAUCCUUCCUUUAAAGAUGCACGAAGCUGCUUCAGAGAUGGAAUGGAAUCUACCUAACUUUGUGUGCUCCAUCACCGCCUUCACCUUCUUCUCCACUAUCUACACCAGCUCUUUGCUGCUGAUGGCCGUCAGUGUGGUUCGUUACAUCGCAGUAGCUUACCCCAUCACCUAUCAACAACUGCGCAAACCUGCAUAUGCAAUAGUUACCUGUGUUUUGAUUUGGCUCAUAUCAGCGGCACACUGCAGCAUUACAAUCAUCAUCCAGCACCACCCAGCUCUGUCUGAGGGAAACAGCUCCAGUUGCUAUGAGAAAUUCACAGAGAAGCAGCUGGAGGUCGUCCUUCCUGUGCGUUUGGAGUUCUUCUUCGUGCUCUUCCUUGUACCUUUUCUAGUUUGUAUCUUCUGUUAUGUGUGCUGCAUCCUGAUCCUGUACAGCCGCCCAAAUAUAUCUGUUAUGCAGAAGCAGAAGGCCAUCGGCAUGGCUCUUGGGACUCUAGCUGUGUUUGUAAUUUGUGUACUGCCUUAUAAUACUUCCCAUUUAGUGGGCUAUUUUCAGGGCAAGAGUCCAGAAUGGAGAUAUUACACUUUACUGCUUAGCACCUUCAACACCUGCAUUGAUCCCAUCAUCUACUAUUUUUCCUCCUCCGCCUUCCGCUGCACAAGUGAAAAGUCCGUUUUCAGGAGGCGUGCUUCAGAAACACACCAUUAGGCACUAUUUUGCAAUGCAACAUUCGGCUACAUUUUCUUCCACCACAGUGUAUGGUUAUCUUCUGAUCAGCUGUUUGGGUAUACUGGCUUUGACAAAGACAAAAAAAAAGAAGAAGGUCCAUAAAACACUAGUCUUCAGUAAG